AUGGUAUCAGAAAAUGAAAUCACCGCCCUAGCGGUGCACUCCAACAAGGAAGACCCAACAAAAUCAAAACGUGCAGUUGAAAGCUCCGGCGUGGCGAACAAGGAUAAUGAAGGAAUAUAUGCCGCCGAGACGACCAAUCGCCGCAAUCCCAUCGGUUCGCGAUUGAGCUCUGUCAUCAGAGCUUUCGAGAACCAACUCAUUGAAUACAAUUUGGAGGCCCGUGGUAUCGAGCGCGUUGCCGUCGACGAGCGCAUGAAGCGAAACUCCUGGGUCUCGUACUUGCAAGCUUUCUUGCUGUGGAUUUCCAUCAACCUUGCGCCCAACAAUAUCACCCUGGGCAUGCUGGGUCCUGCCGUGUAUGGUCUCAGCUUCCGGGACUCGGCGCUUUGUGCUGUGUUUGGCGCCUUGGUUGGUUCCGUCGUCUCCUCUUGGAUGGCGACUUGGGGACCCGUUUCGGGAAUCCGUACAUUGGCCUUCGGACGGUAUUCGAUGGGCUGGUGGCCUAGCAAGAUUAUUGUUCUGCUGAACCUUGUCCAGAUGAUUGGAUACGGUCUCAUCGAUUGCGUCGUAGGCGGGCAGAUCCUGUCGGCUGUAUCUCCCAAUGGCAUGUCCGUGGCUGUCGGCAUUGUUAUCAUUGCCGUCAUCAGUUGGGCGGUGGCGACAUUCGGUAUCCAGGUCUUCCAUUACUAUGAAAGGUUUGCAUUCGUGCCCCAGGUGAUUGUGGUUUGUAUUCUUUUCGGGGUGUCAUCCGUGAAGUUCGACUUGUCGACCACGUCUGAAGGCGAUGCCCGGACGGUAUCUGGCAACAGACUAUCAUUCUUCUCCAUCUGCGUCAGUGCCGCAAUUACCUACGCCCCCCUCGCAGCCGAUUUCUUCGUCUACUACCCCGAAAACACCUCGCGAGCCAAGAUCUUCAGUCUCAGUCUAGCAGGCCUCCUCGUCUCCUUCACCAUGGCCCUAGUCUGCGGCGUAGGCCUCGCCUCGGGCAUCUCCACACACCCCGAGUAUGCCACCGCCUACAACGAAGGCCAGGGCGCCCUGAUCGUCGAAGGAUUUAGCCCGCUACACGGCUUCGGCAAAUUCUGCUCUGUCAUCUGCGCCUUGGGUCUGAUCGCCAACACAGUCGCACCCACCUACUCCGCCGGCAUUGACUUCCAGAUCCUCGGCCGCUAUGCCGAGGCCGUGCCCCGCGUCAUCUGGAACACCAUUGCCGUCAUUAUAUACACCGUCUGCGCGCUUGUUGGCCGCAGCCACCUUUCUGAGAUCUUUACCAAUUUUCUCGCUUUAAUGGGCUACUGGGUUGCCAUCUGGAUUGCUAUCAUUCUCGAGGAGUGCUUUAUCUUCCGUGCGCGCACGGGUUACAACUGGGCCAUCUGGCGGGAUCCCUCGAAGCUACCCCUUGGCAUUGCGGCAUUCACUGCUUUCGUUGUUGGCUGGGUUGGCGCUGUCCUGUGUAUGGCCCAGGUGUGGUAUAUCGGGCCCAUCGCUAAGUUAGUCGGCGCCUAUGGAGCGGAUAUGGGAAACUAUAUCGGCUUCUCUUGGGCGGCGCUGGUCUACCCUCCUCUCAGAUACCUUGAGCUUCACUUCGUGGGGCGCUAG